UUGGGGAGUCCUUCAUUUUGUUCCUGGAUCUGUUCUCUGCAGGAAUGUAUUCUCUCCGGCAUCAUGUCCGUCAAUGGCAAGAAAGUUCUGCACAUGGAUCGGAACUCUUACUAUGGAGGGGAAAGUGCUUCAAUUACACCCCUGGAAGAUUUAUACAAAAGAUGGCUUCGCGCUCCAGGAACAAUACUGGAGUCGAUGGGCCGAGGAAGAGACUGGAAUGUCGACCUGAUCCCCAAAUUCCUCAUGGCCUGUGGCCAACUGGUCAAGAUGCUGCUGUACACAGAGGUCACUCGGUACCUGGACUUCAAGGUGAUCGAAGGGAGCUUUGUCUACAAGGGUGGAAAGAUCUACAAAGUCCCUUCGACCGAAGCGGAAGCUCUCGCCUCUAGUUUGAUGGGCCUGUUUGAGAAAAGGCGCUUCCGGAAGUUUCUGGUCUACGUGGCCAACUUUGACGAGAACGACGCCCGCACCUUUGAAGGGGUGGAUCCCAAGAGAACCACCAUGCGUGACAUCUACAAGAAGUUCGAUCUCGGCCAGGAUGUGAUUGACUUCACGGGCCAUGCCCUAGCCCUGUAUAGGACAGAUGAGUUGACGUUCCCAGUAUGGCCGACUUCCUGUCCGUCCUCUGUGGCUGUUCCCUUCGUCCUGGUGCAGCCUGUCGAGUACCAAACCAACGACGAGUGCCGGUUUAAUCUUUCCGCGUCAAAAUGUGUCAAGUACCCAAUUCGAUGGGUUUUGGAGCAGUCGGAUUAUUGGGGUUCGGUCAACCGAAGAUGCAGUGAAGCCAUUUUGACUUUGACCAACCGAACACCUUGGGACAAUUGCUUCCUCGACAGGUUAAGUGCCAUCUACGGAGGGACCUACAUGUUGAACAAACCCAUCGAAGAGAUUGUCGUCGAGAACGGCAAAGUGGUCGGCGUGAAAUCGGAAGGAGAGAUCGCCCGUUGCAAGCAGCUCAUCUGCGACCCCAGCUACAUCCCGGACCGCGUGAAGAAGGUGGGCGAGGUCAUCCGGGUCAUUUGCAUCCUGAACCACCCGAUCAAGAACACAAACGACGCCAACUCGUGCCAGAUCAUCAUUCCCCAGAACCAAGUGAACAGGAAGUCAGACAUCUACAUCUGCAUGAUCUCGUCCGCCCACAACGUGGCGGCCCAAGGAAAGUACAUCGCCAUCGUGAGCACGACCGUGGAGACCAGCGAGCCGGACAAGGAGAUUAAGCCUGCCAUGGACCUCCUGGAGCCCAUUGAGCAGAAGUUUGAGGGCAUCAGCGACUUGUUUUCCCCAACCGACCUGGGCAGAGAAAGCCAGAUCUUUAUUUCCCGCUCCUACGACGCCACCACUCACUUUGAGACCACCUGCGACGACAUCAAAGACAUUUACAAGAGGAUGAUGGGCUCGGAGUUCGACUUCGAAGAGAUGAAGAGGAAGAAGAACGACAUCUACGGAGAGGAUGAGCAACAGUGAGCGGGGGCCGGACGUCUAUUCCCUCCCCCCUCCCUUCCCCUCCCUUCCCCUCCCUGGCUCUCAGCCACAGACCAGGGGGCGAACACCCGCACUCAGGACCAUUAAGCUGAGCGCCCUCCCUGUUUCCCCCCCCCCCCACCCCCCCUUGUCCCCCCCCCCCCCCCCCCCCCCCCCCCCCCCAGCUAACAAUCAUGUGUCCAUUUCAGCUUUUGGAGAGGGGUGUGUGUGUUUUGAUUGGCAGGUGCCGACACCCGUCACUCUUUAACUCUUUGCUAACUCAGCCCCCCCCCCCCCCUCAAAAAUAAAAAAA